GUUGGUUGCGUGGAGCCACCGACAGCCGUCGUCAAUGGGAAGCGUUCGGAUCCGAGCCUGUGAGGCAGCAACUGUCAGUCAGGUUGAAAGGGCGGCACGAGCGAUCGACGCCGGCGGCCGGCAUCCCGGAAAGAGCCGAACAGACUGCCAACACCUGCAGCUCGCCGAAAGUUCCGAGCCCGUCGGCCGAGGAGGGGGAUCGUUCAGCUGAAGGGACCGCGGCGGCCGGGUGGGUGACUUUGAUUUGAAGUGGUGAGUAGCCAGAAAGGGAUUCCGCUUGCCCACUGUUUCACAUGGCUGCACUAGAGACCAAUGAUUCAAACUAUUACCCUCUGACUGGUAUAGGAUGGGCCUCAAAUCAGAGCACAUGUCCAAAGGAAUAUCAACUGAUCACUGCAACUGUAGAAGGAUCUUCUGCAAACUUUGCUAAAGGCUUUGGUCAGAAAUCUGGGUGCUACCUGUGUGCCAGCUCCUUGCUGGUUAAAGAGAAUCCUCAGGGAGAUGUUGUGGCAGAUAUCCAGUUACUUCUUGAUAAAAGCCCUUUACCUUCAGGAUAUACUUUUGUGGAUGAAUUCUUAGACUCAAAGGUUUCAGUGUCUAAAAAGAAACGUUUAUGUAUUAGGAAAGUCCCAUUCAAAGAGGCAGACACUGCUGUGUUUGAUAUCAAACUGACUGGGAAAAGCAAGCAGUUUGUGCCUUCGUAUACAUGCAUAGGAGAGCUAAGUGGUUUUGUCAUCUGGUGUCUCAAAGGGAGAGUAGCCAAACCAAAACCACUGCCCAAGCCAAGAAGCAUGAAUAAAGAUAUGAAAAGUCUAUCAAUAGAGAAUGAAAUUUCAAAGUCCUCGCCUCAAAGCAAAAAGCAAGAAAGUGAUGCAUUUGCAGUUCGUCUUAGCAAGAGGCGAUCAACUUUAGAACCCAAAGAUGCUGUGUACAGCUCAGAGAAUAUUUAUGGGAUCUCGGCUAUGGAUGGUGUCCCUUUCACUUUACACCCCAGAUUUGAAAGUACGAUGAAUGUCCCCAAUACUAGCAUUACAAAUGUCCAGAUUAAGAGCCGUGCUGAAAUAGAGAACGAAUAUAACUACAGCUUCAUGACAGAGAAGACUGCAGCUGCCAGAAUCCCGCCAACGGCCUCCUAGUUCAGGAUUCGGUGCAAGUCCAACAGAACCCAAAGAUGCAGCCUCCUUCACCACAAAGUCUUACCUCUGACUUCAGAUAAAAUCCCUGCUAUUGUUCUUGGGUGUCACUGCAAAACUUAACUAAACUUUCAUGAGAUCACACCAAGGAUCACUCGCACAAUCCAAGACAACCUCUGCAGCCACUGUUGUAUUUUUGUUGAAAGAAUUCAAGGCCCUAUCCAUCUGUACAUUGCUGUUGAAACAGGUCCUGUAAUCAAGUAGGGCCAAUUAUGUAGUGGGUAGGUAUAGUUUUAGCUGUAUUCUAUAUAACCAAUACAACAGAAGAAUGUGAGAUCAAAUGAAAAGUUGAAGUGAGGGAGUUGGGGUUGUCUAGGUGGGAGGGGGAUAAAAUUGCAGAGUAGUGCAAUAUUUGAAGUGGGGUAGGAGGAAUGUUUGGUUGCCAGUUGUAGCUGGAGCUUUGCUUUCAUUGCCAGCUGGCUGGUGUAGUAAGGCAGGGUGAAAAGUAGCCUUGUGAAUGGGAAGAACAAUUUGUACAAACAGGAUCAUUUGACUGUGUCCCUAAAGCACCCAUCUUAUGAAUUGAUUCUACAUAUACACAGCACAGGAUAUCUCCAGCAGGCCUGUUUUCCCUGAAUGGUUGCUGCCCCUGUCCAUUCAUUGCUGCUCUCAAUUUGAACUAAAGUUCCUAAGUUCCAGGUAGGGGUGCAACAGUAAACAAGGAGGGGUUAUUACCUUUUUGAUAAGAUAGGGUGUAAUAGCAGUACAUAUUGCUGUCAGUUAUAAGAGUUUUCAUUAUUUAAUUAGUAGUUAUUAGUAGGUUUAUCCAACCCUCAGUUUGGGUUCAGUGUUGGAAAUAUUCAUGAGACCAACUGGAGUAAACUACGUAACAAUACACUCAAGUCUUUGAAGCUGAACUUUUGAUUUGUAAAUCAUACCACAUUAUUGAUCUGUCUGCUUUUAAACUUUGUUUCCAGCAACUGGUUUUUAAUAAAUAUUAAAAUUGCAGAGAAUAAGCAAUCUCCCAGUGUAAUUU